GCAGAAGUGAUAAGCGAUAAACGAUAACGAUAGCUUACCAACCAAUUCGACAUCGAAUUUCGAGACUAGUAGCGCUAAUCCCACAUUGUCGGCUUUUGAUUCAACACCAAAGCGUAUGGUAUGUAAUUCAUUCCUUGCGGAGGGUUUGAAAGAGUUCGCUUUUCGUCACGUACUCUGAGCUCGAAUUUCACUUUUCUUGCGCGGCGACUCCCCUCCAUUUCCUCCCUUUCCUCUCACAACGACUUACAUUCCAUCCUCUCUCUCUCCCCCAUGCGAGGCGCCGAAUACCCUGCCUCCUCCGAACAUGUUUGCGGUUUCUUCUAGCUCCCCACACGACUUUGCCUUUCUCCGGAGCAGAAGGAAGCCCGCCCCGCGCAGUCGCCCACAAACCGCUUCUUGAACGCCGCUUUGGGUAGACAGACAGAUAGACAGACCUGCUGCUGUUGUCUUCGAGUUGUAUCUACGUCCCUAGCCGCCCAACAUGCCCGGGCUUCCAGCUUCGGUCGAUCUGGAUGAAUGCAUAUCCCGUCUAUAUAAGAAAGAACUCUUGGCCGAGUCCGUAAUCGAGGCGAUAUGUGCCAAGACGAAAGAACUGCUCAUGCGAGAGAGCAACGUCGUCCACGUCAGGGCCCCCGUCACCGUCGUCGGUGAUAUACACGGCCAGUUUUACGACCUCAUCGAGAUAUUCAAAAUAGGCGGUUGGUGUCCGGAUACGAACUACUUAUUUCUCGGCGAUUAUGUAGACCGCGGCAUGUUCAGCGUCGAGACUAUAUCUUUGCUCGUGUGCCUUAAACUUAGAUACCCUAACCGCGUACACCUAAUCCGGGGUAACCACGAGUCGCGCGGCGUAACACAAUCUUACGGAUUCUAUACCGAGUGUUCGCGCAAAUACGGAAACGCAAACGUCUGGCACUAUUUCACAGAUAUGUUCGACUUCCUCACCCUCUCGGUCGUUAUAAACGACCAGAUCUUCUGCGUGCAUGGCGGUCUCUCGCCUUCGAUCCAUUCCAUCGACCAGAUCAAGAUCAUCGACCGGUUCCGGGAGAUACCGCACGAGGGUCCAAUGGCCGACUUAGUAUGGUCGGACCCGGAUCCCGAGAGAGACGAGUUUUCAUUAUCACCCCGCGGCGCGGGCUACCAGUUCGGCGCGCGGGUAGUCAAGAAGUUCCUUGCAGUAAACGGGAUGAACCAUAUAUUACGCGCGCACCAGCUCUGCCAGGAAGGAUUCCAAGUCCUCUACGACGACCAGCUGAGCACGGUGUGGAGCGCGCCCAACUACUGCUACCGGUGCGGUAAUAUGGCUAGCGUACUCGAAGUCAGUGAUGCUGGGGAGCGUUUUUUCAACGUGUUCGCGGCCGCGCCCGAAAAUGACCAGCACAAGGAAAUACAGCAGGGAGGAGAGAAGGCAGCCGAUGGGAACGCGCUGCCGGACUAUUUCUUAUAAGAAUAUAUCGAUCGGUCGGUCGGGAUUUGUAUAAGCAGGCUUAUCAAGCAAGUCAAGUGGUAGGCGUACCAUACAAGAUACCUCGAGAUAUGGUGGUAGGAAGGAGGAGAAUAAGAAAAAUACCCACUUUUUAACUGUCGUAUUCAUCUACGUAGACCCCUCGCCGUCAAAGGCACGAAAGGAAGAAAUCAUUUUGUUGGACGUUGCAUUGAAAAGAAUUGCGAGUUGCGGCAUAAUUGUUUAGUAGAGCAAAGAAAAUGCUCCAGAGAUGAACUAUCUACACUCAACUUAUCCGUCCCCUAUAAGCACAACGUACUAGUCGCCAGCUAGCCGAACCGUCUAGGUGGAAGAGUACCGUUUCAAUUGAAACUUU